AAAUGGUAGAAAAAUGGAGGGAAGCUCUCAAAACAAGUUGCGAUCGUUGUGGGUGGGAUGUGCAAAACAAGCAACAAUAUGAAGAAAUUGAAAAAAUUGUUGAAAAGGUAAUCGACAUAUUGGGUCGUAAUCAAAUUUGGAGUUUUGGAGAUGAUUUAGUUGAUAUGCAUUCUCGUGUUAAGCAAUUGGAAGAAGUUGUAGAUUUGAGUGCUAAUGAUAUUGUUCGGCUUGUGGGAAUUUGUGGGAUGGGUGGAAUAGGGAAAAUCACACUUGCAACUGCCUUGUUUAAUAAAUUUUAA